AUGGAGUCCCCCGCCAUCCCGGUCCCGCUGGAUCCGCGCGAGCAGCCCAUUCUCGAACGCCUGCUCCGAACCCGCGACGCCCUCCUGCUUUUGAAACAGGAUAAAUCCUCCUAUAUCAAGUCCCGCGAUGUUCUUCCACUGUAUGAAGAGGUGAACGGUGAAGUGGAGAAGCUCAAUUCCGCUCGCAAAGAGCAGGACCGCCGCUUGAUACACAAUCGACUGGACUAUGUCUUGGACGACUGCUUCCAGUUGAUUUCUCUACUGUUUUUGACUGUUGGACGGAACAAUGAAGCUCCCGCAGUAUACUCGUUGGCGACCACAGUCCAGCGUCUCCUUGACCAUCUUGAAGAAGCUGGGUUCUUUAGCGCGAAAGACUUGAACUCAAUUACGAAGACGCUCCAGUCAAUGCGAGAAACCCUCGAACGGGGUCGCGACACCUAUUCUCCGGCUUUGCUCACAUUCUUAGAGAGCCGAUUGGAACAGUGCCAGCUUUCAUUGGACAAGCUGCAAAAGGAACUGGCAGCCUUGGCUCCAGGUUUAGUACAGACGCAUGAAACCCUGGUUUCAAUUCUGCGGUCUACUUCCGCCGUCAAUACUCGUUCAAAGUUCUCGGCCACGGAAGUGAACGGUCUUCGGGAGCAAUUGAAGAAGAUCGAGAAGUCGCAAAAAGAUGGCAAUUUCGUGGAUGCCGAUGGCAACAUUCUGGCGGGGCAAGACGAUCUCAAGUCUCUGAUUCAACGAUGUUGGAAGUGGACUGAGAUUGUACUCGAGCGGGAGGGCAAGAUUGAUGAAAGAUUCCGAGAGCAGUACGAGCGACUGUUGGAAAUCCGCAACCAAUUGGACCGGUUGUCUGUGACACAAGCUUGGUCGCUGCGCGAAACAGAUCUCUUCGGGUACCAACGAAGACUCGACCGAAUCGAUGAGGCUCGAGUGAACGGAAACUUUGUUGAUGCAGAGGGACAGCCAGCGGACCUUCAUGCGCAGCGGACCUUGCUUUAUCUCAUUCGACGCAGCUAUGCAUACAUUUAUGCGCUUUUGAUAUCUUCUGAGCCUGUCUCGGAAGCCUUGCUGCCCGUUCACAACCAGCUUCAGACCCUUCGGCGGUGUUUGAUUGAAGUCAAGGAAUCCGGUGGUGUCUCGAAUUCACGCGAACUGUACCCCUAUAGCAUGAAGCUCAACUCGAUUGACAACAUGCGAGUCGAUGGCAAGUUCUACGUGGGCCCAGACAUUCCAGAAGGACAGGGAAGCGUCAAUGCCCUGCUCGCCGAAUGCUACGACUUGGUCUGGGAGCUGCGCGCCGCCGUGGUUGACGAUGAAGAGCGGUCUUAG